AUGGUUGGUUUCAGAGUCUCGUACCUGGUUCUCCUCGUCUGUUGGGGAUUUGGCGUAUUACUCAAUGCCGCUCAAGACUUCACAGUACGACAUGAACCUCAAGGCCCAUUGGGAGUCAGACUUGACUACCAGGUCGCGAUAAGUUGGCCGAAAGAUAUCACACUCAAGCCGGCUGUUAGGAGAAUGAUCAUGUUCAGCAGCCAUUUGAAAUUCAAGAAAUCCGUCAAGGACCUUUCUGACGGGCAGCUUUGGCAAAUCGCACAUGAUGCACAUGCGGAAAUGGUUGCCGAUUCUAAGCAGUACGGCAUUCUUCCAAAAGAUGUACCCACCGCCAUGGUCGUGCUGGCUUUUGAGAAUGAGAUUUUUCUGGCUUCCUCCUCCAAGAACGCCGGAAUCUUUGCCUACGAAUAUCCGGAAACCAAAGUGCUCAAAACUCUCCAGCUUUGCCAACUAGAAUUCGAGAAGGAGGGAUUUGGAUCCAAAACACACAAAAACCGUGGCAACUGCGGUGAAGUGAUGGUUGCGCAGUUGUAUUACUCGCAAGGGGACGACAUGCCCUUACUUGCUACCAAGAGCGCCAGAAUCGCUGCAGUCCUCUUGAAUAAAGGCGACACCAGCCCCACUCAGACAGAUCCCUGUGGAUCAGACAGAGAUGUAAGUGAGCCCCCUCACUCGUGCACCGCACAUUUUACCAAAGCAGAGUCUAAGAAUAAGCAGGAUGUCUGGGGCUGCAACAAGUUUGUCGUGGCUGAGGGAAUGACCCCGUUGGACGUGGGCGACACGGCCCUGCCGUACGAUCUCGAGGAGUUGCUCGGAAAGCCUGAAAUCAGCCAGAUUCAGUUAUGCGGCUCACCCACAGCCCCAUCUAGUUCUUGA